AUGAACUACUUGCGCAGACGUCUGUCCGACAGCAGCUUUGUGGCCAAUUUGCCCAAUGGUUACAUGAUGGACCUGCAGAGACCAUCCAGCUCCACCAGCUCUCCAGCCUCCCCGGCCACAGAGAGGCGGCAGCCUCCUGCCCAGCCACCGCAAGCCCAACCUCAGCCUCAAGCUCAGACCUCCUCACCUUCCCCUGGAGGUUUUCUCAGCUCUUUCUCCAGUGUGGUGAAGACGGCUCAGAUUGCUAGUGCUGUGCAGGCCAAAGCUGCAGCCCAUGCUGAACCUGCUGCCACAGCUGCUCCACCUCCCAAACCAGUCAUACGCAAGCCCAAAGUGCUCUUGGUCAUUGACGACCCACACACAGAUUGGGCAAAGUACUUCAGGGGUAAGAAGUUGAAUGGAGAAUACGACAUCCGCGUUGAGCAGGCAGAGUUUUCGGAGAUCAACCUGGCAUCAUAUGUCAACACAGGGUGCAUGGUGGACAUGCAGGUCACCAGAGGAGGAACCAAAGUGGUUAGGUCAUUCAAGCCAGACUUUGUCCUGAUUCGUCAGCAUGCCUAUAGCAUGACCCCAGGUGAGGACUUUAGGAGUUUGGUGAUUGGCCUACAGUAUGGGGGCGUGCCUAGUGUGAACUCAUUGAGCUCCAUCUACAACUUCUGCAGCAAACCCUGGGUGUUCUCCCAUAUGAUCAAACUCUUCCACACCUUGGGCCCAGAGAAAUUUCCUCUGAAUGAGCAGACAUUCUAUCCCAACCACGCACAGAUGCUCCCAACGCCAACGUUCCCUGUGGUGGUGAAGUUGGGCCAUGCCCAUGCUGGCGUGGGAAAGAUAAAAGUGGAAAAUGCCAGUGAUUUUCAGGAUAUCACCAGUGUGGUAGCUCUGGCUAAAACGUAUGCCACGGCUGAACCUUUCGUCGACUCCAAGUACGACAUCCGGAUUCAAAAGAUUGGAAACAACUACAAAGCUUACAUGAGAACAUCCAUCUCAGGCAACUGGAAGGCCAACACUGGCUCUGCCAUGCUGGAGCAGAUAGCUAUGACUGACAGAUAUCGUCUGUGGGUGGACUCCUGUGCUGAGAUGUUUGGAGGCUUGGAUAUCUGCGCUGUAAAAGCAGUCCAUGGAAAAGACGGAAACGACUAUAUCAUAGAGGUCAUGGACAGCUCCAUGCCUCUGAUUGGAGAACAUGUGGAGGAGGACAGACAGCUCAUCACUGAUCUAGUGGUGAAUAAAAUGACAACAGUUCUGCUUGGUGUCACAUCCCCUCAGCCAGCCUCAGCAAAGGCCCAGCCAGGCACACAGACCACCCAGCCAAGACGUGCCCAAGGAGGUCCUCGCUCAGCCUCUGGCUCCCCUUCCAAGUCAUCUCAGGGCUCUCCUCAGCGGGCCCGCUCUGCCAACACCUCUCCGAGUCAGGCCUUUCAGCCCGGGCCCAUCCCCGCCUCGGCCUCUGGAGGAGGAUCACAGAAACAGCCUCCUCAGCUCAACAAAUCGCAGUCACUGACUAAUGCUUUCACGGAGACAUUACGUGGCAGCACCACAGACGAUGAGGCCAAAGCUGAGACCAUCCGUAGUCUGCGUCAGUCCUUCGCCAGUCUUUUCUCUGACUAA